UAGUAAUAUGUAUUAAUUUUAUGAUAAUCGAGUAAAUCGUAACCAUUUGCAAUGCCGCAUCAAUCACGACGUCGAUCCAGUACCUCCCUGGCUCCAAGUCAUCAGCACACUGGGCCUGAAGGCUCGCAACUAACUCUACUAAAGGAAGAAACACAUACGGGGGACCAUUUUCUUACCCCGGAGCAGCUUGAAAUAGUCUUUAGAACCAACGUUAUUACGGGUUUAAGUGACAGUUUCGCCGCAGAACUUUUGGAACAUCAUGGACCUAAUCAGCUUAAGGAACUGCGAGGUAAUAGUUACUGGAAAAUAUUUCGCCACAAUCUAUUUGGCUGGUUCCAAUGCGUUCUUUGGUGUGGUGCUAUACUUAAUUUUAUUGGAUAUUUCUUCUCUGAAUCAUUGGACACUGGUGGGGGUCAUUCUGGGAAAGAUUAUCUAUAUCUCGGUUGCGUUAUAACUGCCACUGUAGUUGGAACUGGCUUAUUUGGCUUCUAUCAAGAGGCAAAAAAUAUGGCUGUUAUGAGUGGUUUCGAAAAAUUAGUUCCACCCAAUGCUACCGUUAUCCGUGAAAGUACUAAAAAGAUUAUCCCAAACUCUAAAGUAGUCGUUGGAGAUAUUGUUGAAAUGACAGGAGGUGAAGUUGUUCCUGCUGAUGUGAGAAUAUUAACAUGUACAAAUUUCAAGACUGAUAUGUCAUCUCUUACUGGUGAGUCAGAACCUAUUCAACAUCGCCCUGAAUGCACAAAUUCUAAUCCACUAGAAUCCAAGAAUAUGGUGUAUUUUGGAUGCCCAAUCACUGAGGGGUCAGCCAGAGGUGUUGUUGUAGCCACAGGUGAAAUGACACAAAUAGGAAAGAUAGCAGGGUUGGUUACAGGCUUAGAAAAAGAUCAAACACCAAUUGCUAAGGAAAUAACUCAUUUUAUUAAGAUUAUUUGUUGCGUGGCAUUCACAUUUGGAAUUAUUUUCUUCAUAAUGGUUUUCAUGAUAGAGCGCAGCUGGUUAUCAGCUUUACAAUACAUGCUGGGAAUCAUUCUAGCUAAUGUACCAGAAGGACUCAUAGUCACAUUGACCGUUUGCAUGACGUUGUCAGCAAAUAACUUGAAGCAAAAAAAUUGUCUAGCAAAAACAUUACAAGCUGUUGAAACACUUGGUUCUACUUCUUGUAUUUGCUCGGACAAAACAGGCACGUUGACUGAAAAUCAAAUGAGUGUAUCUCAUUUAUAUUCAAACUUUAUAAUUUAUGAUAAAAUUGACCACGCUCAUGUAUCAGAAACAUCCUAUGCUACAUUAAGUCUCGCCGCGUCGCUUAACCUUAGGGCCGAAUUUACACAUGACACUAUUAACUUACCUAUUGAAAAAAGAAAGAUUAUUGGAGAUGCUUCGGAGUCAGCUAUUUUGCGUUAUAUGGAAAUUAAUCGUUCAGCGACGCAAGCCAGAGAGAGUAACCCAAAAGAAGCCGAAAUUCCAUUCAGUUCCGCUUACAAAUAUCAAGUGACCAUACAUCGAAUGAAAUCUUCUCAAAGUUACUAUUUGAUUAUGAAAGGUGCCCCAGAAAUUGUGACAGAAUAUUGCACCUCAGUACUCAGUGAUGAGGGUAACCAACCUAUGACUCCUCAGGUAAAGAAGGAACUAAAGGAAACUUUUAUUAAAAUGGCCAAUAUGGGUGAACGAGUUAUUGGCUACUGCGACUACAACCUACCGUUAAGUAAUUAUCCAUUAGGUUACAAGUUCGAUACCCAACAACGGAACUUUCCUCUGGAAAAUUUAAGAUUUAUUGGUGCCAUAUCAAUGAUUGAUCCUCCUAGACAAGAUAUUGACAAAUCUAUCAGUUUAUGUCGACAGGCCGGAAUAAAAGUAAUUAUGGUUACUGGUGACCAUCCCGUUACUGCACUAUCCAUAUCCAGACUAUGUGGUACUAUAACUCAGCCUACGGCUUAUGAUUAUGCUUUUGAGCACCACAUUGAACUAUCGGAUGUCCCUCAGCAUAUUAAGAGUCAAUUUAAAGCAGCUGUAAUCACCGGCGAUGACUUGAGGAAAAUGAGUGUUAAUGAUUUAAUAGCAGCUCAAACGAAAUAUGAUGAAAUUACAUUUGCAAGGACAAGUCCACAACAAAAACUGUUCAUUGUAGAAUCAUACCAGUCUUUAGAUCAUGUUGUUGCAGUGACUGGUGAUGGGGUUAAUGAUUCUCCAGCUUUGAAGAAGGCAGAUAUAGGCAUUGCAAUGGGACUAACAGGUACAGAAGUUUCCAAGCAAGCGGCUGACAUGAUUUUGUUAGAUGAUAAUUUUGCAUCUAUUGUACUUGGUAUUCAAGAAGGAAGACGUAUUUUUGACAACCUAAAGAAAACAAUAGCAUACACCCUCACAUCGAACACUCCAGAAAUGUUGCCAUUUGUUUUGUACGCUUGUUUUGGUAUGCCUCUUCCGAUGCCAUUAAUAUUAAUUUUAGUUAUUAAUGUUGGAACAGAUCUCCUGCCUGCAAUGAGUCUAGCGUAUGAGACAUCUGAGUCGGAUAUUAUGUCUCAACCGCCCCGGAAACCGACUGACCAUUUAGUGAAUAGAGUAUUGAUAUAUAUGGCGUACUUUCAAGUUGGAUUGAUUCAAUUCUUUGCUGGAAUGUAUGCGUAUUUUGUGGUAUUUGCAGAAAGUGGAUUUUAUCCUUCGAGCAUUAUAUUUGUUCGUCAGACAUGGGAACGCACAACGGCGACAGUUGCAGAUAGUCUCGGCCGCCAAUGGUUUUACAUAGAUAGAAAGAGAGUUGAGAAAAGAGCGCAGACUGCAUAUUUCGUUGCGGUUUGUUGGACUCAGAUUUCAGAUGUUAUUAUUUGUAAGACUCGACGAAUUUCUCUUCUUAAGAAAGGUAUGCGUAACCAUGUUCUCAAUGUAAGUAUUAUAGUUGAUCUAGCAUUGGCACUACUGGUCACUUAUCUGCCACUAUGUCACGAGGUGUUUGGAACAGAGGCGAUCGAGUGGUAUGAGUUUUUCUUAGCUUUACCAUUCUUUGUUUUAAUGAUCGCUGGUGAUGAGUUAAGACGAUUUUUGAUUAGGCGUAAUUAUUCGAAGUUUAUUGAAGAUGAAACAUACUAUUAAGUUUCUGGUUUCAACGUUCA